AUGUCUGAGCCGACAAGCCAGAGUGCAUCUGCCAAUCAAUCGGGAUGCACCUCGGGUAAUGCCGGAUUUGGACUUGUAUGGUUUGCGUUGCCGCCUGCGCCGCUCCGUCCGACCCCCUCGAACGCGGCGCCUCAUCACCGCCGUCAGAAUGGUUCGAGUUUGCGUGCAUUGCACAUGUGGUUUUUUUGCACUGUUUUUAACGGCUGUAGACAGGGAUUGAACUGUUGCUGCAUCAAAAGCCGUAGGGGGCUGUGCAAGCUGGGGGGCGCGACAAAUCACUGCAGAACAAGAAAGGCAACCGUCAAUAUGACCCGAGAUGGGACUGGCCCCUGGUGCUGUGGUGGCCGUAUGUGGCACAGCAUAUAA